GCGCUCUCUCCGCAGGCCCGUGACGGCGGUGGCGGCGAUGGCGGCGAGCGAGGAGCGGCGCUCCGCGAGCCCCGCAACGCCGUGCUGGAGGCGGGAGGAGUUCGUGGUGGCGCGGGAGUGCGGCAGCUGCUCCAGCUUCGAGGUGAAAAGCAUCCCGGAAUGCGGCCCCACGGGCUUCGUGGAGAAGCUCAGCUGCGCCGCCCCCCAGGGGGACGAAUCCGCCAGCUGCCGCUCGGCCGUGAUGGAGGCGCGGAUCUUCUGGCGUUUCGUGGGCUCCAUGAUGUGUUUGGCCGCCGUCUGCGCCGUGUUGGUGGUUUGGAGGCAGCGGGCGUUGGAUCGGAGGGCGCUGGAAAAGGUGCGCAAACAAAUCGAAUCCAUCUGAAGGCACCUGGGGCACCGGGACGGCGCUGGCACGGAGCCCCCGUGUGCUGUGGGACGCAGAGCUGCCACCCGUGGGGCAGCGGCUCCGAUCGUCACCUUGUGGACGCGGUGACCCCCCCGAGGCGUCACCCCCUGGACACGCCGUGGUUCCGUGGCUGCUGUCAGCCCACGAUCGAACGCUGCUCCCUGCGGUGCUGCUCCGCACCGAGGGGGGGCGUCGCGGUUUCCCCCGGUUCGGGGCUGUGCAAUAAACGCCGGGUUGUCACA